ACUUCAGUUCUCAUUUUGCUUUACUACAAUCUUGAAUGUUCGCAGCACAACUGAGUUGGAAUAAUAAUGGUCAAGGUCCACUAAUGCGAAUUACUAAAGUAAGCUUAAAUAUGUUCCAUUUUUAUAAACUUAUUGUGUUGUUGAUACUUGCAUCACAAGUGUAUAUGGAAACAAGAAAUGUCAAAUGCGAGAAUGCAACGAAGUUCUGCGAAAACAUUUGGUAUUGCAAGAAAAAUUCGUAUCCUGAAAAAUAUAAAGCAUGCGGCCACGACGGUUUGGUGGACAGAGUUUGCUGCGAUCCCGAAUACCCACCAACCAAAAGCAGAAAAUUUUGCGAUACGCUGUACAAGAAGAUCGCAAGAGAUGAAUACGGGAAGCAGGUUUAUAACUCUACAGUUCCUAAUAUAUAUAUCACUGCAAGCAUUGCUGCUUUAGGUCAUCGAAAUAAAUCCUCGACGGAAUGGGUGUGCGCUGGGAGUUUGAUUAACAACAAAUUCGUGAUAACUGCUGCUAAAUGUUUAAAUCAGAGCAUAAAUAUUGUUCGUUUAGGUGAUACGGAUUUGAACAACAAUGAUAAUGAACCUAAUAUUCAGGAAUAUGGAGUGCUAAGACAUAUUAUUCAUCCAAAAUAUAAUUAUCCUUUAGCAUACAACGACAUCGCUCUGAUUGAAUUGAAUGACACUGUUACAUUCACGAAAUUCGUAAGUCCUAUUUGCGUUUACGAUGAUGCGAAAAUAAGGGAACCACUGUGCUUAGAAAUUGGAUACAAACAAUUAUUCUACAGAUUAAUAGAGGUGCUUAUGCUAAGCAGUCGCGAGUGCAAACACUACUUUGACAACUAUAAAUUUGCUAAUCUCGUACCUUUCGGAUUAGAUCCAGAUACACAGAUUUGUGCUAGCAUCCCUUCGUACCAUAUGACGUGUCAGUCGCAACUUGGAGCACAGUUGCAAACGUUCGAUCCAAAUUACGUUGAUGCUAGAUUUCUUAUUGGAAUAACGACUAUUCCUAAACCAUCCAGCUACACCGACGAUGUCGGUCUUUACACAAAAGUGUCCCACUACGCUCCGUGGAUAGAAUCUAUCGCAUUUGCAGAUGAUUAACAAAUUAUUAAAUAUUUUUAUAUCGUAUAUAUCUUAAAAAUAUUUUCUUUAAUCAAGAAACUUUGUCUAAAAACUAACGUUCUAAACAGAAAACUAAUAU